AGGCGAAGGGAAGAGGAAGGAGGUAGAUUGAUCGAAGCAAGAGUGAGGUGGUGUACUUUUUUUCGCAGUCUCACAGUGGACGUGUGAAGUGCUUUUUCUAAACUAAUAUUGGAACAUACGAAUGCAACAAUGUCUUCAACUGGAUGGCCUCAAGAUCUUCUGAUGGGUACGCAAGUCAUGCAUACACAUGAGACAUUCGUGGAUAUGCUCCAUGGAAGAAGACCAUUCAUUUUGAAGGACGCUUUGGGCUGCUUAGAUUUUGGAGAUGAAGGAGAUUGCUCUGACUCUUCAGAUGACUGGAGUCCACAGAGGCCAUACUGCGGUCUUAAACGGAACUUUCUGCAUCGACCCGGUCAUGGCACAGUAGUUACCAAACCAAUCACACGAGAGGCAAUAAAGAAGGCUGAAAAGACUGCAGAGGAAUUAAUAGAAGAAGAAGAAAGAUUAAAAAAGAAGGCUGAGAAAAAAAAGCUUAAAAAAAUGAGGCAGAAACAGAAAAAACGACUAGAGAAGCAAGAAAAAGAAAAUGCAAAUAAAGCUAAUGAUAUCCAGGAUAAAGGGGAUGAUGAUAAGAAAAAAAAUCAUAAUAAAAAGUCUGCUGAGUCACCCCCCGAUACUGGCCAUCAAUGUAAUUCUGAUGCCAGCACUGAGGAAGAGGAGGAUGAUGAAGGCAGUAUUUCUAGUAAAAAGCAUCAGAAAAGAAAAAAGCAACUUCAAAAACAAGAAAAGAAUUAUGUUAAAACUAUUGAUGAACAGACUAUAAAAUAUAAUGAAGCUGUUCGUAUAAAGAAAAUAAAAAGUAAAAAUAAGUUACAUCGUGACUCGGAUGGCAGCAGCGAUGACGAGGACGAAGAGAAGGAGAGUCCGCAAAGUGACUUGGAGGACCUGGACAUGAGCAGCUGUUUUGUGUCAAAUGCCGCUGCGGCCUUUGCCAAGCGUAAGCAGGAGAAGGCUAAAGAGAAGAAGGAGAAAAUGGAGAAGAAAACCGCAGACUCUGUAAAGGAUUCCCAAAAACACACUACUGAAACUGCCGAACAACCGAACACUAAAGCGCACCAGAAAGAGGUCAUUCAGGUCGUACCACAGGUCAUACCACAGUCCACACCGAAUCCCGUAAAUGCAGACUCAGACAGGAGUGCUACUGAUCUCAUUGCAAGGAGUAUGGAACUGGCAUACAUGGGGAACCAGUAUGCUGCCAAUGGAAAUUUGGAAAGGGCUGUCAAGUAUUUCACAGAUGCUAUUAUACACAAUCCAACAGAAUAUAAGUUGUUUGGGAACCGUGCAUUUUGCUUUGAGAAAAUGCAGCAGUAUGAAAAGUCCCUGAUGGAUUCUAAUGUGGCUUUAUCAAUGAAUCCUCAAUGGAUCAAAGGGUUGUACCGUAAGGGCAGGGCCCUCACUGGCUUAAAGAGGUAUACGGAGGCCGUGGCUGUGUACAAGGAAGUGUUGACACUAGAUAAAAGCUGCACAGAUGCGGCCCUAGAGCUCAUGAAAGUCCAGAUCUUUCAGCUCAUGGAAAUGGGCUUCACAAAAGAGCAGAGCACCAAUGCCAUGGUCAUCUAUGGUAGUGUAGAAAAAGCUUUAGGCGCUCUAUCUGGGUUACGAGGUUCUUUGAUUCCCACCAAGCCCUCUGCACAGGAGGAGUGGGUGCAAGUAGAAAAGCGCUCCCAGUCUCCUAAACCUAUUUCCCAGGCGGUCCCUCAAGUCCAGCAGCCAGUCCCACACAUCCAGCCCCACCCUCCAGCUUCAUUUCAACACAAACUUAUUAAACCGGAACUUUUCCCAGUCUGGGUUGGUUGUCCAAUGCCAACCUUAACAGAAGCUUUUAUAUAUGAUUUGUUCAACAAAAUUGGCCCUGUUCACAGUUUGAAGAUUUUGAGAAACAAAGGCUGUGCAUUUGUGAAUUACAUCCGUAAAGAAGACAGUGAAGAGGCCAUUAAGAAGCUGCAUGGUUAUAUAGUAGCUUCAGGAAUACCUCUCCUAGUACGCUAUCCUGAUCGAAUACAUCCACACUUGGGGGUAUCUAAAGCUGCUGCUGUGGAGCACAAUGAUAAACUCCCAGAUGAGUGUCAUUUUUGGAGAACUAUAGGCUGCAUCAAGAACCAAAACUGCCCCUACAGACAUGUCCCGGAAAACAAGGGCAUUGACCGCAACAAAGUUAAAUAGCCCAAUGAUUGCACAGUCGUAGUAUGCGUUCCCAAGGGAAUAAUAAUCUAUGUACCCUUGCUGAACAUACACUAUAUUCCUUGCUGCACUCAUUCAUACAAAUGCUUGUGUAGAGAUACAUUAACCUGUACGUUUAUAUCAAACUGUUGAACAGACAAUCAUGCUUUCUGUCUUUCUGACACACACACACACACACACACACACACACGCACACAGCUACUGUACUCAUGCCCUGUUCCACUCACUGUGACAGUGCACUUGUUAUCAUCUCUUGGUUUUUGGGUGUGAAGGCUGCCUGUCUAAAGAUCACUGUUCUCACUGGCUAUGGCCCAGGUCAUCUCUUCAAUUGUGUGCGCUGCUUCAGAGCUUUGGCCAGUGGAGUUGCAAACCUCUCUUGUUGGUUAAUGAAUCAUUCCCACCACUGUGUUGAAUGAAGCAAGUUUUCUUUUUAGGGCCUCUAUUUUUUUUAUCAAUAGCCCAUUAUAAACAGUGUAACUAAUUCCAGCUAGUUUUAGUCAGUGUUUAAUUGGAAGGCCCUGGUAUUAUGUUGGAUGUUGAACAUGUCUAAUAAAAAAGGGAAUUGACAGCAACUCCCAUGAAGUUUGGUUUGUGCCAAAAUGUAUUGUCUUUUUAAUGCAUUCUUUUGUUCAUGAAAAGUUUUAAAAGGAAUCCCCAAUCCUAUUUUAAUUUGGAAUUUUAUUAAUGCUGUUGCCUUUUUCUUUUAAAUUAAACCUGUUUACUAAAA